CGGGAACAGAGACCGCGCCGAGCCGAACAUGGUGUAGGGCGAGCGCCGUCAGGGCUGAGUCGCUACCCUCCCGCUCCCACUCCUCCUCGCCCCAGGGCAGGUCCUCCGCGGAGCCAGGAGUGAACUUCAUAUUUUCUUCUUGAAGCUAGGUUACAGCUCAGAAGAUCAAGAUGAUCCCAAAUUAUUCUACUGAAGAAACCAUUAAAAGAAUCCAUGUUGACUGUCCCGUUUCAGGAAGGCACAGUUAUAUCUACAUUAUGGUUCCAACUGUUUACAGCAUCAUCUUUAUUAUAGGCAUAUUUGGGAAUAGCCUGGUCGUUAUUGUUAUUUACUGCUACAUGAAAUUAAAAACAGUAGCCAGCAUCUUUCUUCUAAACCUGGCACUGGCUGACUUGUGUUUUCUAAUAACUCUGCCACUCUGGGCAGCUUACACGGCCAUGGAAUACCAGUGGCCUUUUGGCAACUGUUUAUGCAAGUUAGCAUCAGCUGGGAUAAGUUUCAACCUGUAUGCCAGUGUGUUCCUCCUCACAUGCCUUAGUAUUGACCGAUACCUGGCCAUAGUACAUCCAGUGAAGUCCCGAAUUCGACGUACCAUGUUUGUUGCCAGAAUGACUUGCAUUGCCAUCUGGCUUCUCGCUGGUGUGGCCAGUUUGCCUGUCAUCAUUCACCGUAAUAUAUUCUUCGCUGAGAACUUGAACAUGACAGUCUGCGGUUUUCGGUAUGACAACAACAACACAACACUCCGGGUUGGGUUAGGCUUAUCCAAAAACUUGCUGGGCUUUUUGAUUCCUUUUCUGAUCAUAUUAACAAGCUACACCUUGAUUUGGAAGACCCUGAAGAAGGCAUAUCAAAUUCAAAAAAAUAAGACUAGAAAUGAUGACAUUUUUAAGAUGAUUGUGGCAAUAGUAUUUUUCUUCUUCUUUUCCUGGAUUCCUCAUCAAGUGUUCACUUUUCUGGAUGUAUUAAUUCAAUUACAUGUAAUAACAGACUGCAAAAUCACUGAUAUUGUGGAUACGGCUAUGCCCUUCACCAUUUGCAUCGCUUACUUUAACAACUGCUUGAAUCCUUUUUUUUAUGUUUUUUUUGGAAAAAACUUUAAAAAAUACUUCCUUCAGCUAAUAAAAUACAUUCCACCAAAUGUCAGCACGCAUCCAAGCCUAACAACAAAAAUGAGCUCCCUCUCAUAUCGGCCACCAGAAAAUAUACGCUUGCACACUAAAAAGACUGCUGGGUCUUUUGACACUGAGUGAUACGUCUUGCAAUAUGCUGUUUUUGAACAACCUGGUGAACGAA